CUGUCUAGCGUUUCGGGGGGUUGGCUUUCGGCUUACUUGCUGGUGUUCUCCGGUGGAAAUAGCAAAAAUGUCGUCUCCAAGUCCGGCAUCGAAAGCAAACAUGAGGUCACCAUCCUCAGCGGACUCAAUGAAUUUGUAGUGAAGUUUUUCGGACCACAAGGAACGCCGUAUGAGGGAGGUGUGUGGAAAGUACGAGUAGAUCUUCCUGAUAAAUACCCUUUCAAAUCGCCAUCAAUAGGAUUCAUGAACAAGAUUUUUCAUCCCAACAUUGAUGAAGCGUCAGGGACAGUGUGUUUAGAUGUCAUCAACCAGACGUGGACAGCUCUUUACGAUCUGACCAACAUCUUUGAGUCGUUCCUGCCCCAGCUGCUGGCAUACCCAAACCCCAUUGAUCCCCUGAACGGAGAUGCAGCUGCUAUGUACCUUCAUCGGCCUGAGGAGUACAAGCAGAAAAUCAAAGAAUACAUUCAGAAAUAUGCAACAGAGGAAGCUCUAAAGGAGCAGGAAGACGGGGCAGGUGACUCUUCAUCUGAAAGCUCCAUGUCUGAUUUCUCAGAAGAUGAGGCCCAGGACAUGGAGUUGUAG